GUUGUUGUUUCAAAUUUCUUGCCUCCAAAAUUACCUACCUGCUAAACACAUAGAAUUAGACAACAUGCUGCUAGCUCAAAACCUGAAGUGCGUCUACUAGACCGAAACGAUCAGUGCUUACAAAAUGUAUGGGACUGUACGACAAUGACAACACACCAUACGUUGCCCUAAACAUAACAAUGCAUUCAAUGGUGGGAAUACGGUUCGCGAUAAAACUGUGAAACACACUGAACCAACUAACAUAUGGACGACUGAGACAUUUGGAUGUUGACUCUCUCUAGUAAAUGCGUCCACAGAACCAGUCAAAGGCGUUGUCUAAUAUCACUUGUAUUAUCUUCUCCCUCAACUAUGUUCUUCCAUAUUAUCUGCCGAGUUUGCGCCAUCCUUCCCGUUGCCAAAUCAGUCUCCUCGAUUCAGACUGCUGCCAUGCAUCCAACCUCACUGCUCUCCAUCCUUGUCUCAUUGUUCCUCUUCCGUCAACGUGCGCAUGCCGAGUGCGAGCCAGUGGGGUGCGGGAACUUGAGCAUCAAGUACCCGUUCUGGCUCGGCGCGCCCAGCCGCCCCCCGCCGGAGCCUUCCUGCGGCCACCCGGCCUUCGAGCUCUGGUGUAUCAACAGCAACACCACGGCUUGCAUCAGCGGCUCCCCCAUCCACAUCCACAGCAUCGACUAUGGUGCCAGCUCCUUCGUCGUCUACCAUAACAGGGUCGCCACAGGCACCGACGGCGUGUGCCUCGCCGACUUCAACGUCUCGUCCACCCUCGCCCUCAGCCCGUUGAGGAUCAGCCCAAGCAACCGUGCCCUAUGCUUCCUAUUCAACUGCAACGGGAAGGAGCCACGCGGGCGCGAGUACGCCAACGCCACCGCGGGCUGCAAGAGGCCCAUCGUCGCCUACCUCGGUGGGAGCUACGACCGGGACACGCCGCCGGCGAUCCCAACCGGGAACUGCACGUACAGGUACCUCCCGGUGCUCGGCUCGGAGGCGGCGGUGUCCACGGCGGCCAACUAUAGCCGGCUCUUGAAGGCUGGGUUCCUGCUGGACUGGGCGGGCACCGGCAGCAUCGGUGACUGCCCCGCCUGCAUCGCGAGCGGGGGCCAGUGCCGGUACAGGAACGCGAUCGGGGCGCUUGCCUGCCUCUGCCCCGACAGUAAGCUGCACGGGCCAACAUGUGCCGCUGUGACAUCAGCCGCUGGAGCCUUGCUCUUUACAUGUAUUUAUGUCCUGGUAUGGCGCAAAAAAGGGAAAAGACUAAGGUUUCUCCUUUGCAAGAAGACUAGCAGCAACACCGAAAAGAAUUAUGAGGCCAUGAUAGUAUCGUACGGAUCCCUAGCUCCAAAAAGAUACAUGUAUUCAGAGGUAAUGAAGAUAACAUCUUCUCGCAGCGAUCAGCUUGGAAAAGGAGGUUAUGGUGUUGUUUUCAAAGGAAGACUGCAUGAUGGUAGUCUGGUCGCAGUAAAAUUCUUGCAUGACUGCAAAGGAAAUGGGGACGAGUUUGUUAAUGAAGUUAUGAGGAUUGGCAGAACCUCUCAUGUUAAUGUUGUUAGCUUAUAUGGGUUUUGUUUGGAGGGAUCAAAGCGAGCUCUUAUAUAUGAGUACAUGCCCAACGGUUCCUUGGAUAAGUACGUUUAUUCAGAGCACCCCAAAGAAAUUUUAGGAUGGGAGAGGCUUUAUGGGAUAGCAAUAGGGAUUGCUCGUGGCCUCGAAUACUUGCACCAUAGCUGUAAUACACGUAUCGUCCAUUUCGAUAUCAAGCCCCAAAAUAUCCUUCUAGACAAAUAUUUUAGCCCAAAGAUUGCUGAUUUUGGUCUAGCUAAAUUGUGUCAUACAAAAGAGAGCAAGGUUUCAAUGACUGGUACUAGAGGAACAAUUGGAUUCAUCGCCCCAGAAGUCCACUCGCGAACCUUUGGAGUGGUUUCAACAAAAUCGGAUGUUUAUAGUUAUGGAAUGAUGCUUCUAGAGAUGGUUGGAGGUAGGAGAAACGUAAAAUCAAUUGUUGCAAAAUCCAGCGAAAAAUAUUUUCCAGAUUGGAUUUAUGACCACUAUGCGCAAGAUGAUGGACUAAAAGCAUGUGAAGUCACAUCAGAAAUUGAGGAUAUCGCAAGAAAGAUGACCUUAAUAGGCUUGUGGUGCGUACAAAUAUUGCCUGCAUAUCGCCCUACCAUAACAAAAGUUCUAGAAAUGUUCGAGAGAAGCUCAGAUGACAUGGACAUGCCACCGAAGCAAAACUUCUCUGGAUUGCUGUAAUAUUUCUCCCUUUAUUUUUCUGUGCAACUAUUAUUAUUAUAGAAUAAUAACUUGACCUAUGCACUUAUCUCUCAUUGCA